GAUGACGUAGUUAGCACCCAAUUAUCAGGAAGUAGACUUUUUGGCUGUCAGUAUUUUUAUCGAUUGAACAACAUUUCAGGAUGAAAGUCUACGACCUUGUAGCAGCAUUGCUUAGUGUUGCGGAGAAAGGUGCAAACAUAGCACGAAUUAUUCGUUCAGAAUCUUCAUUACUGGAGCUGCUUGUACAGGAGAAGAAGGGAAAACAGAAGAACGAGAGGUUUCUUCAAGACUUUAAAACGCUGGCUGAUGUUCUUGUACAGGAAUUGGUCAAAUUUGAUCUCAAAACUAAGUUUCCAGGAAUGGCGGACAGCAUUCAUGGAGAGGAAAGCACAAAGUUUACCAACACACUAGGGGACACCGUAAGGGUAGAGAUUCAAGACACACCAGAGGAGACCCAGAAUUUGCUCAGGCAAGUCUUAGAUGAAAAUGACACAGCGGCCAGGAUUUUGUCCAAGGCUAUUCAUAUACAGACUGCUGUCAAGGACGCUGGGUUGUUUGCUGAUCAACUUGACCAUGACCUCAUAGUUGAUGACCUUGGAGUCUGGAUUGACCCAAUUGAUUCUACAGGGCAGUACAUACAGGGUGACAUUGGCCAAGAAGAAGCUGGGCUCGUAACGGAGGGCCUACAGUGUGUUUCUGUUCUUAUCGGCGUCUACAGCAAAUCCACAGGACUCCCAAUCAUUGGCGUCAUUAACCAGCCUUUUGCCUGUCUAAACGAUGAUGGAGUGUGGACAGGCUCAGCAGUAUGGGGUGUCAGUAUUGCAGAUCUCAAUUUAAACUCACUUGCCUUAGAUUCCUCAAGCAACUCCCAUUUGUCGUCAACGAGCUUCCCACCACAGCCAGAUUCAGACAAAUCAACAAAACAAACCAUCCUUAUCAGCUCCAUUGAAUCGCAGAACAUUCGAGACAUUCUUGCCAAGAAUUAUAAUUUAAGACACAUAUCUGGCGCAGGAAACAAGUUGCUUGGUUUAAGUUUAGGCAAGGCAGCAGGAUACGUGUUAACACAAAACACCAUUUUCAAAUGGGACUGCUGUGGUCCACAUGCGAUCUUAAGGUCACUGGGAGGUGGAAUUGUUGCAUUUUCUGACUUUGAAAGGUUAAGUUUGUCUGAAGAGAAUGAUGUUUGCUUGUUGCCUCAGAUUAUGUAUAAUAGGCAGGAUGUUGAAGGUGCAGUAGGCGCACAGAAAUGGUGCAACCACGGAGGGAUUGUGGCUUACACAUCACCCACAUUUCUGAAAGAACUUGUUUCAUUAUUUAGACCUAAAACAUAGAUUGCUUGUCAAAGAGCAAGUAGGAAUUAGAGUUAUCCCUGUCUGUUUUGUUUACAUUCAAUGUAGCAAAGACAUAAAAGGACACAACAGGAAUUAUGUGGAUUGUUUUAGACCAAAUAGGAUAUAUCUAUUGUUGAUUUGUUUGUUUGUUUUAAAUCAAUUAGGACUUUAAUUGUUUUAGAUAUCAUGUUGUGUUGACAUAUGCUGGCCCUAGAUUGUUUAAUGGUCAUAGGUCUUUGCUUGUGAUAAAGUGAUACUCAUAUUUAAAGUCAAUACAUUCACAUGUAUAACAAACAUAAGUUUUGAGUGAUAAACCUUUAACUGCUUACUAAAGUGUCUUUAAAGAGACAGGAGGAAAUGCACUGUUUCUUUGGGAGCAAUUGGACACACACGGUUUUAUUUAUUACAUUAAGGUUGCCUUGUUAAUAAACAAGUGGAACAUCAGUGCUCCAGUAUGAUUUUAAGAAGGGCAGGGUGCUAGGUCAGAAAGGGCACUUUUUAUGCAUAUCGAAUGAGCCUUAACGGCCCCUUGCAAGGGCUAAAUCAGCUAAUGUUCAAUUCUUAUUGUGUAUGUGUUGUAACUUCUUUCAAUACUAAUAGUUUGCUAGGAAUACCUUAGUGUUCAUCAUUACUUCAGUGUUAGAAUAAUGUUGAUUUAUUAUUUUUAUACUUGUUUCUGAAAAUUGACUCAUAGUUUGUUCUGUUUUCUGUUGUUUCUUAAAAAAAAUGUUGAAAGAUGUGAACAAAAAAUCAGGGCCAGUAUUCAUUAAACCUUUUAACUCAUUUCAUAACUUUCUCCAUCUUUUUAAGUUAAGUUAUAUAUAUUUGUUUGACCCAGAAAUGAAUAUCCAGUUAUAAGUUAGUAUAUCUUAUAUGCUCUGGUCAAGUUUUACAUACAACAGGCAAAAGAUGAUGAGUGGUCGGUCAGAUUGAAAUGAAAAAAAGCUACUAAAGAAAACAAAAACUUAUAGUCUUAUUAUCAAUAUCUUGCCUGUUGGUGAUUAUAUUUAUUAGUGUCAACAGGCAAUUUGUUAAGUGUAUUUUGAAUUGCUUGUAAUUUGCAUGUACAUACAUUUAUACAGAGAAUGUUUAUUGAGGUGAACAUAUAACACCAGGCUCAGUUUCUCAAACAAUCUUUAUUCUUUACAGACAAUUUGGUAUUAAGUAAAAACAUAAUCCUUUCAGUGUGUUUACUGAGGCUAAAUAGCAUCUAGAUUGGGAUUAAUCAUGAUCAAUUAAUUUCUUUAAUGUUAAGUCGUUUAAGUAUUUUUUGCUAAUAGAAUUAAGAUUCUAAAGCUUUUUAAAAGAUUUACAAUAUAUUUAUGUGUUCAGUGCAUGUUUUUUUUAUAAUUUAUUUAUAUUUAUUUUAUUAACUUUUCAUGUUAUUUUAUUAUAGUAUAAUGUACAUUCAGUUUUAAAUAAUUCAUCACUUAAAAACUAUGAAAACUAAAGGAUCAUUGUUAACAAUUGUAAAUUCAAUGUUGAUUGUGUCAUUUAUUGUAAAAUUGUUCUUCUUAUUCAAAUGCAUUUGUUGUAGUUGUUGUUAUUAAAGAAUGUAUAAGUCCUCCUUUCGGCUCGAGAAUUCCCCUUUAAUACUGCAUGGGGGUUACAAAUGGUCUAGCCAUAAUGCACCAAACAAGGGCAGGCAGACCUUGAAGAACUUCAAGCAUCACCAGCAGAAUAAGUAGACUUAUCUGGCUGGUGAGACGAAAUAUUCCUUCACACAAGUAUUACCACCUGUCUAGUUUAAACCAUGUGUCUAACAUGUUUAGUGAUCAGAUAUUCAUAUGAUUUAUCUAUUUAUUUUGAGCAUUUGCAAUGUUCUUAUUUUAUUCAAUUGUUAUAUAAUGAUUCUUAUUUUUCAAGUUUUAUAAUGCGAUGACUUGCCUUUGAGGUUUGAUGUGUAAAGAGAGGCAAUUGUACCCACUUAUUUUAAUGCAAUUCCACAUGAAUCCGUCACAAAACUUCAUGUUUGGCAGUAUAGUCUGUCAAACAAGUCUUUUGUCUUUUUUUUAUGCCCUUGAAGGGCAGCAUAAAGUAAUCAGCCCAUCCAUUCACACGGCUUCUAACCAAUAAACAAGUGUGACUUAAAACUUGGUAGACAGGUUGGUCAUUACCAGUAAAUGAACCCUAUUGAUUUUGUCAGUGGGUGACCUUGAGCUGAAAAUCUGUUUCCGAUCAAUAAUGGAAAAACUCCUAGCUAACGGACCUCAACACUUGAACACUACCAGUGGAUGACCCCUCUUGAUAAUUGAUACCAGGAUUUUAAAUUAGUGAAAAUAACCUACUUCAUUUUCUAAAAAAACAACAGUACUAGUAAUAAUGUUCCUUAUUCUCUUUAACAUAUAAGUGUGUUUUUAUAUACCAUGUUUUUGUUUUCAAGAUUUUUAUUAAAUUUGAAUCCUGACAAAUUGGUGUUCACAUACAUACAUGCUUAAUAAUACCAAACACUCAUUUAAAGGUACAACAGACACACAUUAACUGCUACUUCAGCUGUCAAUGAUAACUUUCAAUGAUUGAAUAAAAAUGUGUUUAUACUUUCCUCUUUAAAAAUGUAACAGAUAAAUAUUUUUCAAUACUGCUUGGGAAGAUCAUUCUGAAAAUAUUUUGUUUACUCAAUGGUACUUUUGGGGGCAUUUGUCACAUUCCUGUGACACAUCUUGUUUUUAAUGAUAAAAACACACCCAAUAAGCCUUGAUCAGGUCAAAUUGCCAAUUGUAAGAUAAGUUUCAAAAAAGGAGUUUUUUUGUCUGGGGAAAAGAGCGUGUCCAUCUCACUUAUAAAAAUGCCAUGACAAACUGACUUUGUACUUGCCCAUGUUCACUCAGUUCAUAACUCCAGAUGAAAAUCAACAAUGGUCAUUUACUGAUGAGGGAGCGAUAUAUCAUUUAGACUGAGUAACGUUGUGUACUUUAAUCAUUUUAUCAUAUUUUGAAAAAAAUAGUGGUGUAAGCGAUUGUAACAUUUGAACAUAAUAUGAUAAUUUUACCUUAUAGUUAACAAUAAUGUUGUUAAUCAUGUUGUUAACUUUAACAAAAUUCUGAACACUUGGCCCAAACAUGAGGUAUGUGAUUACGUAACAUAAAACCCAAACCCUGACCAAAACUGGCACCUGUGUUGGGUACUUGUUAACACAGAUUGUUUUGUCACAAGAGUACUGGUAAUGUUUGGUAUUCCGACACUUGGUUAGUCACCAACACUGCCCUAUAAUAUUAUGAAAAUUAUGAGUUUGGAAGUAUAAAGCUUGUGACGGUCUUAUUUUUUGUCAAUGGUGUAUGAUUUUUUAAAGCUUUCGUCCAUUUGUUAAGAAAUUAGAAUUUAAUCAUUGUGAUGUUUAUAUCUUUCUUCAGAAAUAAGACAUAGAUUUUAUUGUAAAGUUUAAAAUUAUGGCCUUGUGUUGUUGGACUAAUAUUAAAAGCUAAUUAAUUUAUUUGCAGUGUUCUAUUUUCAGAAUUAAACAUUAGAAAAAUGAAUUGAUGAGCUGUAAUAAAUCAUAAAUUGUGACAAUUACUUAUUAUCCUUAUAAUAACCAGUUAGUAUCAUGUUCAAACUCGAUAUAUUAAAUAUUGCUUAGUCAUGUAUUAUUACUUUGUUAUUAUUAUUUUUGAUCUUGUAGUAUUUUAAGACAUUUUGUUUUAUUGUUAUCGUUGUACAAUAUAUUAAAAUACCUAAGAUACCAG